UGAUGUCGUGCCAUUUGCUGAAAUUAAUAUUACAAAUAAAACUUUGACCAUGAUAUAACUGACAUUUUAAAUCUGAUUAUGUACAAAAAAAUAUUUAUGAAAUUGUGAUCAAAUAUUUUAAAAGGAAAUAAGAAAGACAAAAAAUACCGUUAUCUGCGUUCUUAAUGAGUGUUAGAUGUGAUAUCCCAGGGAAUGUGGAAACGUUAUCAGAAAUACGCAGGAGAAGCAACCUAUUUAUUGAAUCGUUUCAAUAGACACUGCUAGUUUUGAAUUAGGUUCCUAGAAGUUAACAGUGUUAAUAUGUAAAUUAGUAAUAACUGAUUCCUGUUAACUUAAAGAAGAUAGAAUUACACAAGGACUAUAACAUACUUGUAUAAGGAUAAAAGUACUGUAAUGAUAGAACAUCACACCAUGGAGAACAGCACAGACAAAUCUUUUCCUGUAAUUGAUAUAGACGAUGUUUGUAUAUCUGAGAUCGGUCCGUGGGAGAGCUUUCUUCUCAUUAUGUACAGUGUUGUUCUAAUUGUGGCUAUAUUUGGAAAUGGCGUUGUGUGCUACCUUAUAAUUAAUGAUCACAGAAUGCGCAGUGUUACCAAUUUAUUUCUAUUAAAUCUUGCCUUUAGCGAUAUCAUCAAAGCAUUAAUGUUGCCUAUAACAAUUAUGGCAAAUCUGAUAUUUCAUUAUUGGCCGUUCGGAUCAUUCACCUGCCCACUGGGAACUUACAUUCAAGUUGUUGCUGUAUUUUCUAGUGCGUUGACAAUGCUAGCAAUGAGUAUUGACAGAUACAUAGCUAUUUUACAUCCGCUACGACCAAAAAUAACUAACAAAGGUGUGGUAUUAGUACUGAUAUGUGUAUGGAUUAUGUCUGCCGCUGUGCCUUUACCGACUGCCAUAACAUCUAAAAUUUUAUAUUCAAAUGACACCGAUCAAUGUCCUAAGGGCCAGUGUAUUGAGGUUUUUACAGGAGAUAUGAACAGAUCUGUAUAUAGUCUGGUUAUCUUGCUGCUUCAGUAUUUUAUUCCUCUAAUGGCUCUAGCUUGUACCUAUAGUAGAAUAGGUUACAUUAUAUGGAUAAAGAAAACACCAGGUGAAGCUGUCCCGAUGAGAGAUGAACGAUUAGCGAAUUCAAAGAGAAAGAUGGUAAAGAUGAUGAUAAUUGUGGUACUUGUUUAUGGAAUGUGUUGGCUACCGAUUCAUAUUGUAACAUUAGUAGGAGACUAUGAUCCUAGGCUUUACGAGCAGGAAUACACAAAACUGAUAUGGAAUACCUCAUUCUGGCUUGCGAUGAGUCAUGCCUGUUACAACCCGUUUGUAUAUGUCUGGAUGAAUAAAACAUUUCGUCGAGGAUUUUAUAAAAUAUUUGCGACAUGUUGUUGCAAGAAAGCUAGAAGAACAAACUCUCUUCUUGAAGAACAUACGAUGACAAUGACAUUGAGCACUAGAAAUGGCCAUUCGGGAUCGCAAUCAGGAUCUAAUUCUGUGUGAAUAUUGUUAAUAUUUGGUAUUCCAAAUUUCAUUUAGUGCUUUUAGACAGUGAUAUGUCAAUCUAUCUUAUCACAUAUUGUGGUUUAAAUGCACCAGUCGUUCGUAGUUCAUAAACUUCAUACUCCGAAAAAGUGACUGUAUAAAUUAAUACGAACACGCUUUUACCAGUGAUUCUAAGAUAUAGCUUCGUGGCUAGGUAAACACA